AAGAAAACUUGUAGUAGUCAGAGUGAACGUAUGGCAAGGUGGUUGCCCUUAAAAGCUGCUUCUAAAAUGGAAGCGUUGUCCAUGCUCUUGAAAGUUUCAGAAUUAUAAGCCCAAAUUUCUUGAAAAACGUUAUACUUUUACAAUUUAGCUACAAAAAACAAAUAAUGCAAGCUUGAAUCUGCUAUUUGUUUAUACUGUAGUCAAUGUAGUUACGUCCACAUCUCGAUCAUGGAUAAAAAUAGAAAAGAAGAAAUCAGUUUACCAAUGCCGAUUCUCCAAAGAUUGGAUCGACUUGAUCGUUUGCUGCAGUUAUUGGAACACAAGCAUUGCCUAUCAGCCAAGCAUUCUUCUUGUCCUACCUCCUUGGAACCAGAAGAUGAUCAGCGUAAGACUUUGUCAUCUGCAAUUGAAGAAGCACAUCACAAAGGCACACUGGUUGAGAGAGUAGCUAUGCUCGAGAAGCGUGUUUUACAGAUAAGCCAUGAGAUGGAUGUGGAAAAUGCAUCAAUUUCAAGCUGCGUCACUAUUGAAGCAUCUGAGGAAAUUGGGCAAGGAUCUUCAGAAGCAUAUGUGAGGAAGCCAAAUUGUUGCAAAAAGGGCAGAAGAAAGAAAAAUGUUGCUUCCAUUAUUCAGAUGAGAGAAUGGUUUAGACGGAGGAGAAUGGGAUGUUGAUUAAUUAAUCAUCCUGAAAUAUUAUUUUCCGCAUUAAUUAAUUAAUUGUCGAUGCCACAUGUUAAUCCAUCAAGAUAAUAAUUGGUUUCGUGUG